AUCUUAAAUAGCUUGUAGGUUGUUAAAUAAAGCUUAAAAUGAGGUGAAAUGAGGCGUUUCAGCUCCACUUGCAAGGCGGGGUUUAGGAAGGUAAUGGAGGCAUGUCUGUGCUGGCUGCGUAUUUCCCAUCACUCGGUUCUAAUUUAAGGCUGAGAGACUCCAACACGGGGCAACGCCACCACAUCACACGCCAGGAGCUGCCACCAGUAGACUGGAUGCGGUCACCACUAUGUCUGUGUCGGCGGAUGUAUGGGUUCUUCCUCAACACGGACAAGUUUGUGUUGUUGAGGCGGGUGGUGGACUUCAUCACGAGCCUUGCACCUGCCACAACACUUGUCAUCAUCCUGCUUCUUAGUUAUCAUUCAUAUCAGCUUAUGAAAGCUAGCGGUUUGAACACCAUUCUUGUGUACUUCUUCAGCAUUGAAAUUUUUGGAAAUUGGCUGCUCUUUUUCUGCACCAAGAGCUACAUUGACAAAUCCUCUGGAAAUAGUGAGCUAGCCCCGGGCCUGUCCCACGAUGACUGCAAACAGCUGCGCUACUGCCCCACCUGCAAGAUCUACAAGCCAGAGCGCAGCCACCACUGUUCCCUCUGUGACCGCUGCAUCCACCAGCGCGACCACCACUGCUUCUUCCUCGGCACCUGUGUUGGGGGCUACAACCUUUGCUACUUCAUCCUUUUCUGCUUCUAUGCCUGCAUUGGGUGCCUGUACUCUGCAAGGCUGCUUCACCGCUACUACUCUGGCACCUACCUGAGGGCAUUCUGGUCCUCUGAGUUCCUGUACUACUUCUAUCCCGUCACCCUCGUCAUGUGGAUGCUGGACAAGGCCCAGCUGGCAGAGGUUGGUUGGGUGACACUGCUCUACGUGUCCUCAGCCACAGGGGUCUUCACUGGGUUCUGCGUGAUACAGCAGCUUGUGUAUGUCCUUCGAGGCCAGACAGCCUACGAGUACAACAAGGGUCUGCUCAUGGUUCACCGCUCAGCCUUCCACAACUUCCUCCACGUGUUUGGACGGUACUGGAUCCUCCACAUCCUGAUCCCCUUUCCCCGUCGCCGAGCCUCCACCGACCCACGCAGUUUCCUCAAGAUUGUCUGAGAGUGCGUCAUUCCCUCGGUUUGUGUGUGGGGUGGUCACAACAACUCAGAGCUUCUGUCACCCUCUCGUAAAUAUCUCGUCUGCUAAGUAAGAAUGAAUUUGUAAGAACGACUUCCUUUCAGAGUAAGUUUUCAUUUCAGAGCAAGUGUUUUGGGGGAUGAACACACUGAUGUUAGAACAAUGUUAUAUAAAUUUCUACUUAAUUUGUUUUCUCAACAUCUACUUUCAAAUACUUUUACUCAUAGAUGACUGCACUUUUUAGCCUAACAAAUAUCUGUGGCUCAUAUAUUUUGGAACAAAUGUGGUACUUCAGAGUGUCCUCCAUCCAUGCGAUCUUCCAUAUCAUUCAUGGUAGCCUGAAGUGCGGGAAUAAUGUGUCUUUGAUCUCCACUACGGAUGAUAGUUUUGUACAGGGAGGUUGUGUACGGGGACGUCCAUCACCUGCGAUCCUUGACAACCGAGGCUUUGAGUUGAGAAGGUGAUGGCUUUGUUUACCUAGUGUCACCAUAGAGCAGGACUAUAGUUUGUUAUCAUAAAAAAGACCUACAUAUAUACUAUUCCUGAACCAUUUAGAUCAGACUUUAUAUAUAUAUAUAUAUAUAUAUAUAUCAGUAGUAGACAUAUCAUAAUGUAAGAAUGUCGCAAAUAUUUUUCCAGCCAAAAAAAAGCAGAGUUGAUAAUGCAAUUUUAAAAGAGAGCAGAGGUCUUGAAUGUGGGAGGGUUGUGGAUUUAACUCACGGUUUUACACUUGGUAACUAUAGAGUCAUUCCAACCUUCACUGUUUUAUAGAGGGUUAAAAACUAAAUUAUAACAUUUCUACCACACUUUGACACAUUUUGAUACAAGGUACGAGCAGGUUAGAUGUAUCACCAGUGCUAAUUCCAAUUUCUACAAGGUCAGUAAGACUGUUGUGUUGUGGAUGUGACACUAAAUAUUCUCAAGUAACUGAAACAUUCUAGUCAACACACACUUGGUUGUCCCUUCACCAGGCAGUCAUGGAUUCAAUAGCAGCACAAUCCUGAAGCAUAUCAUGUCACAGACGCUUCCCACACAGCAAGACUUAACACGCUGACAAUUAGUUAGCUGAGGAUUUGUUAUCCGUGAUGUAUCAUCCUUUAUAUGCACAAACGGGGUAUACAAUGUACAAUGUUUUUACCACACACGUCAUCCUCAACUGGAGCUUUGGAGUAAAUAUUCAGCACCUUCUUGUAUGCACUGUUUGAAACACACCUUGUAGUUGUCAUCUUUGCACAGGUGCAGAAUAAUUUGUUACUGUAGAUGUUACUUGUUUAAUUGGCACAGUUUUAGUCUCUGCACAAAUCGUACCGUUACUCGUGCAGCACCAAAGUAAUGAGUUAGGUAGAACGUUCCUAGUCAGAUCAUUUGGAACAGGUAUAUUUUUUAUAUUGUAUAGGUGUUUUGUUUGUUUCUAACCAUGUCUGCUCCAGUACUGAGGCAGGGCUGUCACCAUCUUGUUACUCAGCCUGUGUGUUCCUCACCAGGAUAUUCUUGUUUGUUAUUUUGCUUCACAGUCUGAAGUGAAAUGUUUUAUCUCGGUGUUUUUAUACACAUGCAUGUAUAUUGGAUUUGUUGCUACUUUGUUCAAAUUUCAGUUAUUUUCUUUCCUUUCUUUUCUGAGACAGAAGAAAUGGCAAGUUUAUGAAAAGUAUUUAAGUACAUUUUCAUGAUCUUUUCAUAAAAGUAUAGAAAAGAGAACCUUUUUAUUGGUUGUUGGUAAAGUUGGCUACCUCAGUGCUUAUGUCCCUCACUUGAGUUAGAUUUUCUAUUUGUUGAGGGUUAAGGGAAGGCAGAUGGUGGUGGUGGUGGUGGUGGUGUACUGGGGCAGAGUGUUAACCACAGGCUUGGUAGGCCCUUCUGUCAUGUGCUUGUAGUCUGCAUGAUGGCCAGCAUAGCGUGCCGGUGUUCAGUAUGCUAGAAGGACAUUAGUCUUACAUCACUUUUCCUUGCACUUUCUCUUCUGCUACAAUGCUGUACUAUGCUAGCACCAAAACUCUUAUUGGGUACUUUCCAGUGGCACAUUGGAUAUCAUUAAGAAGCAGCCAUUGCUCAAUUUGCUCAUUUGUUUGAUAUUCUUGCUAUAAACGCUUCACUUGACUCCCUCCGAAUAUCACAAACUUUGCAUUUCUGAAUUUCCUCAGUGAAAGAAUUUCCAACAUUGCUGUGAUACUUUUCAUAUCAUUCCUUUGAAUGUCCUGAAUGUACAUAUUUAUAUAUAUGCAUAUACAUACAUAUAUAAAUAACUACAUAUAAAUUGUAUGUUCCUUGAAUAUCUUCUACAAGUGUGUAAAAACAAAAUUUCCUUGCAACUUACCAAGUGCACUGCUGAUAUCAAUGUAGCACGAUGCAGUGUGUUGCCCUGAAGAGGCUGUGUGUGGCCACCCACCCCAGCACUGGGGGCUCUCCUGGGGCCUCAUGUGGUGGGGAGGGUUGCAUUAGGAAGCCAAAACACAAUUGAUUUUGCAAUUCAUGUAUCUCACUGUGAUUUUCCUUUUUCUGUUGGCAUUUUCUUGACUUAUACAUAUUUAAAGUCAUACAUUUUGAUUGUUGAUUGCCACAAGCAGACUUACAAGUAUCUUCCAUUUAAUUAAGUCUUGUUGAUUGCCACAGGCAGGCUUAUCUUCCUUGGGUACCAGGAAGGCAUCAUGAGAUCUUCCAUGCAGAUUGUGUUAAAGAAAAUGGACUUUGAUUUGUUGUUAUUAAAUAUUAUAUACAGUGUGCUUUGUGAAGUUAUUGGUGUCAUUUUUAUAAUGUUUAUCCCUGAGGGUGAGGUGUUUUUACUAUUGUAUGUGAAGCAUGUUCUGUGCCAUUACUGGGUUCUGUCAUUCCGUCACAGUGCAAGGUCUGUGAUUUUUUGUUGCAGGGAUUACCACACCAAAGCAAAUGAAACUUUAUUAUGUGCCAACACCAGACACUGACCAAAGCUGUCACACACCCACACACACACACACACACACACACACACACACACACACACACACACACACACACACACACACACACACACACACACACACACACACACACACACACACACACACACACACACACACACACACACACACACACACACACACACACACACACACACACACACACACACACACACACACACACACACACACACACACACACACCAAGCAUUUUUUGUAUGAAUAAGUGGGAGACAUUUAUUUGAUUCUUGUUGGAUGUAUAUUCCACAUUCUCAUACUUUGUUAUAAGCUUGUUGCUUCAUUUAUUCAUUCAUUCAUGCACUGCAAUUUUUUAUAUCAGCAAUUCUCAAAAAUAAUACUUAUGAGCUUUUACCUCUGAAUUAUUAUAUUUAUAAGGAUACAGUAAUUGGGGAGGGAGUAAUGGAAUAAUGGGAGGAGGGGAAGAUGCUCAUAGUUGGAGGAGGAGGAGGAGAAGGAUAGGAGAUGGUAGUGCAUUAGUGGAUGAUGAAAGAGAAGAGGCCAGUAUUUUGAGAAGGAUGGUGAUGGUGGUGGUCAUGAUAAUUGUGUGGUAGCAAGAUAGUAAGAGGAAGAAUGAAGUGAGUCAUGAAGAGGAUGAGGAAUGGAGGUGAUAGUGGAGUGUGUAAAGAGCACAUAUAUUGGGUUACCUUGUUAUAAGUAUGAGUAUGCACACCUUGCUCUUAGAAUAUUAGAGUACUCGCUAUGAUAAAGAGUAAAAUUUGCGACCAUAUUCUUAAACACUUCUGGACUGCACUUCCUCUACAUUCAGGAGGCUCUAGUUGAAGUGGCAUGGGUUUUUAAGGAUGUUUUCACAGUUCUAGUGACAGAUUAACAACAUUUCUGCCUUAUUAAUAGGAGAAACACUCCUGAGAAUUCGGCUAGUCAUCUCUGUGGCCUUGGAAAACAGUCAUGGUGAGAGCAAAGUUUUUCAUAAUAUGGACCUAGUCUGUCUAGAGGGUGCCACCAUCACACAAAGAGUCUGAUCAGGGUUGUGCAACUCAAUAAUGGGUUGUUCAGUAUACUUUUGCAGUAUUAUAUAUGUAUUUGUGUGAAAUGUGGAAUUUUUACUUGUCUCAAAACUUCAUUCUUUUUAUAUCCAUACUAUUCUUGCUAUUAUGAUUCAUAUUGAAUUAUAUCAAGAUGGUAAGAGUGUUGUGAAUGGGAGUUACAGGAAAGUCAUCAUUACUAUAUAGGAUUUGCUCAUUUGCUCAUUAUGAAUUGUAAGCAAGAUAAGGAAGGACUUGACAUGGAGAGUAAUCAGUGUGAACUAAACACCUACAGUAAUGCAUAUCCACCUCAAUUUGAAUUAGGGAAAAGAUGUAUACAUUAUUAGAUUAUUUGGGGAAGCCUUUACAUCUAGUUAUAGGAAGGAUAAUCAGCAUCAGUUCUAAAAUCAUGCAUAUUUGCCUUAAUUUAUACAUUCUACUUAAGAAAAUAAGCAUUACCUCAUUGUUUUGGGAAAUCCUUUACCUCUCGUCACGUCACAGUGGUAUGGAUUGUACUGUUACGUAACAAGUUUACCAAUAUGUAAAGCUUUGGUCACAAUGCAUUGAACGUUAUACUGCACUGCACUUAUUAAGAUUGCUGCACUUCGAUGUCGUCCAUUACCAUAGACUAGCACUUUAUGUAUGAUUGAGAACCUUGUUUACAAAAAUAUAUGAUGAAACUAUGA